AUGUCAAAUUAUACUCAAAUGGAUCCCACCAAUCAAGGCGGUGGUGCUCAAGUGGCUACAGUAUUAUGUUGCAAUUGUGGUGUUCCUAUGGAUGGGUCCCUGGGAUUAGUAAUGUGUUACGACUGUAUUAAAUUAAAUGUUGAUAUAACAGAAGGUAUUCCAAGAGAGGCAAAUGUGUCAUUCUGUAGAAAUUGUGAAAGAUUUUUACAGCCACCUGGACAGUGGAUAAGAGCAGAAUUGGAAUCCCGUGAGUUGCUAGCUUUGUGUCUUAGACGUUUGAAGGGUUUAAACAAGGUGAGGUUAGUUGACGCAAGUUUCAUCUGGACUGAGCCUCAUUCCAGAAGAAUCAGAGUUAAGAUCACUGUUCAAGGUGAAGCCAUGGCAAAUACUAUUGUUCAACAAACAUUCGAAGUCGAGUACGUUGUGAUUGCCAUGCAAUGUCCAGAUUGUGCCAAAUCUUAUACCACCAAUACCUGGAGAGCCACCGUUCAAAUAAGACAAAAAGUCCCACAUAAGAGAACCUUUUUGUAUUUGGAGCAAUUGAUUUUGAAGCACAAUGCUCACGUCGAUACUGUUUCCAUCCAAGAAACCAAAGAUGGGUUAGAUUUCUUCUAUGCCCAAAAAAACCACGCAGCUAAAAUGGUCGAUUUCUUGCAAGCUGUUGCUCCUAUCAAGGUUAAGAAAUCUGAAGAAUUGGUGAGUAUGGAUAUACAUUCGGGAUCAUCAAGUUAUAAAUUCUCCUAUUCUGUAGAAAUUGCUCCUAUUUGUCGUGACGAUUUGGUUGUUUUGCCUAAAAAGUUGGCACAUUCCAUGGGUAACAUCUCACGUUUGGUUUUAUGUAACAAGAUCACUAAUUCUAUUCAGUUUAUGGAUCCUAAUACUUUGCAGACAGCCGAUUUAUCAUCUCCAGUGUACUGGAGAUUUCCGUUCCCAUCAUUAUUAGAUGCCACACAAUUGGUGGAGUUUAUUGUAUUAGAUGUUGAGCCAACAGGUGAUAUCAGAGGUAAAUAUGUGUUGGCUGAUAUUGAAGUGAGUCGUGCCAGUGAUUUGGGGUCGAAUGAUCAAACUUUCUAUGUCCGCACCCAUCUCGGUGGUAUCUUACAUCCAGGAGACUCUUGCUUGGGUUACUAUUUGACAAAUACAAAUAUAAAUUCUGAGUUGUGGGAUACGUUGGAUACUGAUAAUACCCCUGAAGUUGUGAUAGUAAAGAAACAUUACGCAAGAAAAUCCAAGAAAUCUAAGAAUAGAAAAUGGAAGUUGAAGAGAAUGGCCAGAGAACACAAUGAUAUUGUUGCUAAUGACGAUAGCAGACAAGCAAGACAGGAACAAGAGAGAGCAGAAAGAGAUUACGAGUUGUUCUUGCAAGAAUUAGAAGAGGAUGAUGAAUUAAGACAAACAAUCAACUUGUAUAAAGCCGGUGAUAAUCAACCACAAGUAUCCAGAAAUCAUGACGACAUGAAUGAUGGCGAAGAAGAUGACGAGGAUGCUCCUGAGAUUGGCAUUGACGAGUUAUUGGAUGAAUUGGACGAUAUGACGUUGGAUGACACACCAAUGAAUUAG